UUUGUAUUUUAAUAACCAAAAUGUUUGUGAUAUUAAGAAAAAUACAUUUUUUUGAAAAUUCAAAGUCAUUUCAACAAGUUUUCAACUAUGCAAAAUAUGCCAAACAGUCGACUUGUGAAAGAAAAGCCAAAUUAGAAAAACAACAAUUUAACUUAGUUCGUGGAUGCAUAACGUCGGCAUUAAAAGAUCGACCAAGUUUGUCCGUUUCCGAAUUCAAAACAAUCGGAGCUGAACUGUAUUCGAAAUGUAAUGAAUUCAAACAUAUUAGUUUUCAUUAUCAUGUAUUUAGUGUUCUAUUUACUCUUCGACCGCCAAAUGAUUCAUUGGAAAAUGCGAAAAACUUUAUAGAAGCAUUCGAUAUAAAGAAUAAUUCUCGUUUAAAAAAAAUCUUCAUUCAACUUUAUACAAAGAAAGCUUCCGAGUUUAAAUUAACAGAAAAAGAAGAACAAGAAUUGAUCCGGAUAUGUGAUGAGUUUAUAGCUCAAGAAUUUCAUAUCGACUCAGAUUGUAAUGCAAUAAUCGUGACGGGCCUGUGUGCUACAAAAGACUGGCGUAAAGCAAUUGAAUUGCCUCACUCAAAUGACAUAUCUUUGAAUAGCCUAGCACAGAAAGCAAUUCAUGAGAAUGACAUCGAUUUGGCAUGGAAUAUAUUACAUAGGCUAACUAACCUUUCACAUGAUCAUCGUUUGACUACUAAAACCAUUACAGCAUUUGCAGAAUAUUUCGAUGAAAAUCCAACACGUAUUUCGACACAUGCUGGCAAAUUAUUUUUCCUGUGUGAAAAACUCAAGAUGCUAUUCAAUGAACCAUCGAUAAAGGAAUUGGUAGAUGUUCUAGAAAGACAUGGGCAUCAUGCAAAAACAACAAAUAUCAAUUUUUCUGGCGUCUGUAAUGUGUGCAAAAAUCAUCUCGAAGCAGCACGAACACUGUCGGACUCAGAAUUAAAUAUAUUGCGUGCAGAAUUUACGAAAAAUGUCGUGAAAGGAGCCGAUAUUUAUCAAAAUACCACACCCGACGAAUGGGAUUCGUUUGAACGGAUGAUCCAGGAAAAUGGACCAUUCGAUAUUGUAAUCGAUGGCUUAAAUGUUUCUUAUGGAGCAAAUGCAAAUAACGCUCAUAUUUGCGCUUUUAGUAAAUUGACUUUUUCGAAAAGAGAUAAUAAGGCGCCCAGUGCAUUGUCGCUGAAGAAUGCAGUGGAACAACUAUGCAAUGAGGGCAAACGCAUUUUAGUAAUUGGUCGAACACAUAUGAAAUAUUGGGCAAAAAUGCGUCGUAUUCGUCAAAUCGCCACUGUUUUCUUCGUUGAUAAUAAAUCUGUUGAUGACUUAUUUUUAUUGUAUGCAGCCUUACAAAGUGGUCAACAUGCUCAUAUUUUAUCAAACGACUAUAUGAAACAGCAUAAAUUCUCGAUCGAAGAAAAAUACCGAGAAUUAUUUAAAUUGUGGCAACAAGAGCAUUGGUAUGGAUUUAUACUUGAUCAAAAUAAAUCUCUUCAACUUGUAAAACCGAUGCAAUACAAAAUGUAUAUUCAUAAGGUCAAUGACUUCUGGCAUCUGCCGUUUAAAACUAAUAAACACAUCGAAUCCAAGUUAUGGAACAAUUAUGAAUUGCCUGAAAACUGGGCUUGUAUACGAAUUAAAGAUAACGUUGAGUGCAAUCAUAUGGCUACAGUGUGACCAUUUACGACAAUGUUCACUUCAUUCGAGGUUUCAUAACGUAUAACUAUAAAAUUAUUAAUCAUAUUCAAUUUCGUUAAAUUUUUGUAAGAAAAUUAUUUUUUAUUCCAUUUAAGAAUGUUACAUACUUUAUUGUUUUAUGUAAUCACCAAAAUUCGA